AAACAUAAAUCUUAUGGGACUAGAAGUUGUUGAUAUUGAAUUUCCUAAUCUUAAUGUUUAACAUUUGUUGUAAUAUACUAUCUUGACCUUGCGAAGAGGCACAAAAUCGUAUUAGAGCUUGUUGUUUCCGUUCUCGAUACUUUCUUGGUGGCCAUGAUGUUCUUGUAAAUAAAGUAGGUUCUUAAUGAGAAGACCGUAGUCAAAUAUGAGCAUUUUUCUGCUUGAUGAUGAAGUUCCUAUCGAAGCUGUCCGUUGGUUGUAUUUCCGUCGUUCUGGUGGAGUAAGUACAUGGAAACCAUUUUGUGGAUAUGAUUCAAUACGUCUUGAAACAGCUUAUCGAGAGCGUUAUAACGGCAGCACGGACAGAGUUUACGAUAAGAUUACUGUUCGUGGGGAGAUGUUCGAAGUAGACAUGGAAAGUUGCCAAUGCAUUCCUAUAUACUGGUUUGGCAAAAAGCGAUCUGUACAUAGUAGAAGAAAAACUUGGUGUUCAACCAGAGUGGUGCGUGCUGUUUGGUUUCAGAAGAUCAAUUGGUUACCUUUGGAUACAAAGUUAUCUGAAGUGAUUGAAUAUGAACAUCGUACGUAUGCUAUACCUAAAUUGAAGGGAGUUACAGGCAAAAGUCAUAAACCUGUUCAUAAAUAUCAGUCAAACAAUUAUGAAAUAAAAUGGAUGCCUGAUGGUACUAUCUAUUUAGUUACUAAAAGUGCAGAGCCUUUUGGCAAAGUUAGAUUACACGGAGGAUUAAGUAGUGUUCCUAUUAGCAGAGGAUUUAAUCGUCCAGCGGAAACUAGUGAUAGACCUCCCCCUAUUACUCAUGUAUGCUUUGUUGUCCAUGGUAUCGGUCAACAGUUAGCUAGUAUACGCCAUGAAUGUGCCAAAAUAAGAAAAACAUGUCAAAAAGUAGCUGAAAAACUAUAUCCUAAACUACCUGAAACUGGACAACGACUUGAAUUCAUUCCAGUGAAUUGGCGUAGUUCAUUAUCAUUGAAUUCAAAAACUUUAGAUAAUGUAACUAUAGCACAAUUAAGACCAUUACGUGAUUAUAUAAAUCAAAGUUUUGUUGAUAUUUUAUAUUAUACAAGUCCUGUAUAUCGUCAUGAUAUUAUGCAAAGUUUAAGUUAUGAAUUAACUAGAUUAUUUAAUUUAUUUUGUUCAAAAAAUCCACAAUUUCUUCAAAAAGGUGGUCAAAUCUCUGUACUUGCACAUUCACUUGGUAGUGUUAUUAUGCAUGAUAUUUUACGAAGUACCGAAAUUAAAUUACCAAAUUCAUUAUUUCAUUCAUUAGCAGAUUUAAGUUGUUCACAAUCAUCACUUCAUGAUAAUGAAUGUGGAACAAUUGCCCUUAGGCCGAAAAAAGGAAGGACUCGUAACUUAACUGGUUAUUCGAAUUCCGGAUCGAGAGAGUCAGUCAGUAAUAAUAAUACAGAUCGCGAUCGUACCUUGAAAUAUCCAAAUCGGGGAUCAUUUUUGGAAAAUAUAUCAAAACCAAAAGAAUGGAAAUCUGUACCACAGUUGGCAAAUCUAUUUUUAAUUGGUUCACCAUUAGCCUUAUUUAUAUCCGUUAAUGAUUUAUGUCCACCAACAUAUAUAAAUCCAUCGACUCAUUCAUUACAAUUAACUAAUUCUACGGAUGAUGAACGAGAUCCAACAAGUAAUUCACAUUCAGUACAAAAUAGUAUUACAUCAUCAACAACAACAACAACAUCAACAUCUAAACAUACAGGUAUUGAUUUAGAUGAAAUUGAUCCUGAAGCAUUAUUUUCAUAUUUUGCAUGUCGAAGAGUAUUCAAUAUAUUUCAUUCAUAUGAUCCAGUGGCAUAUCGUUUAGAACCAUUAUUAUUGAAACAUUAUGCGAAUAUUAGUCCUGUUGUUAUACCGAAAGCAUCAAUUAGUCAUUUAGAAAAAUGUUUAUCAAUUAAAGAUAUUUCACUUAUUAAUAAUAAUAAAUCAAAUCAAUCAGAUAGUCAAACACCAACAUUAAAAGGUUCUAAUACAUCAUUAACAGCAAUUGAUGAUAUUGAAUCAACACAUUCAAUGCAUACAUUGGAUUUAUCUGAUUCAGAUAGUGAUUCAUCUGAUCUAUCAUUAAAUGGUGCUAGUGGUAGUCAUGGUUCUGAUCAUAAAGAACAAAAACGAAAAUUUUUCAAACGUUUAAGUGUUGUGGAUGAAAAUUCCGUUUAUAAACAACAUCAAUCUUUAGCAAUGAAAAUAUUCAGUAAUUAUAUAACUAGACGAUCAUCUAAUGUAACUAAUUUAAAUCCAAUAUUAUGUCAAAUGCGUUCAAUGCCAACAAUGAAUGAAAAACAACUUCGACGUCGUGUUGAUUAUGAAUGGCAAAAAUCAUUUUCACCACUUGCUAUAUUAGGUGCACAUAAUAGUUAUUGGAGUAGUCAUGAAUUAGCAUUUUUUAUGCUUUAUCAAAUAUUUGGACCACCACAUACUUUACGUUAAACAAUAAAGAGAUAGACAGAGAGAUAGAUCUAUAUCUAUACAACAUGUUGAAGUAUACAUGGGUGAAGUAUUUUUCAGUUUUAUGUCAUAUGUAAUGCAUUUGUAUUUGUUGCCCAAAUACUUGGAAACAUUCCAUUCCAUAUUUCUUUUUUUGGAUAUGCUGAAUUAUUUUUUAUUUCAACACCACCACCACCAACAACAACAACAACAAAGAAACAUUUUCAUCUUCAAAGCAAAAAAGAAAAAAAAGAAAAGAAAAAAAAAGAAAAAACAUUCUCACAGAUUAUAGAAUAAACUUUUUUUAUUUUCGGAAUUUUUCUCUCUUUUUUUUGUUUAUUAUUUUAUCUGAUUAUUGUAAAUCAGAUCAAUAGAUUAAUCCACGUUCGUUGAAUUGACUAAUACACAUGGUAACAAUUUUCUUUUUUAAUGAGAAGAAGAAAAACAACAAAAAGAAAAGAAUAAAAGAAAACUCCAUUACUCUCAAUCAAUAUGCCUUUAUUUUAUAAUUGAUCAAUUAUUUUUGGUAACUUAGAUAUAUACUACUUAAUAUUGAGUUGAGUUUUUUUUCAUUCAUGUUUAUCUUUUAUAUUAUUACAUAAUAAUGAAAUCAAUUUGAUUGUAUUUGUGUGUGUGUGUGGACGGGUGUGUUUAUACGUUUUCAGCUUUCUUUUAUUUUUGUUUUUCUUUUGUCGAAAAAAAAACAAAACAAGUAAGUGAAAAUGUUUUGUUCUCGUUAUAUGUUGAUCCAUCUGUUUUGAAGAAUAAUGAAUGACGAUUUGUGUAGAUUGUAGUCAUUUUUAAUAGUUGAAUUUAUGAGUCGAUUUAAGCUAGAUUGACAUUCAAAAACCUGGAAGUACUAGACGGUUGUUUUAUUCUAGUAUGAGACUCUUGAACAGUGCACAUUUAUGAUUUAGCAUAGGGGACUCAAACUCAGGACCUUCGGUCUCGUGCACGAACGCUUAACCUCUAGACCAUUAAAUUACCACCUAACGGUGUUAAUGUGUAACUUCAAUCAAUCUGUAAUCUUGUGCAACCCUUCUCACUAGAAUUCCAUGAAAUCCAUCUUGAACCCAGUGCCUAGUGAGCACAUUUUAAUUAUGGUUAGAAUGAGGGUUUGUGGAGAUUGUAGUAAUUUU